UUUAUGUUACCUUCAUCGCUAUAGAGCCAUAAAAUGAAUUUUUUGUGUGGAGCCACACAAAACUGCACCACGACGGUGUUUUUCUUUAAAACGAGCACAAGAAUAAAACUAAACGCAAAUAUUCGCCUCACUGGAAAGCAUUGCGCGUGCGCUAUCCUGCGCUAUUACCCAACACAACUCUUAAAAGACCCUCUCGCAGGAGAAUCACCUUUGCGCUUGCUCAGUUGCGGACUCCAGGACCUGAAGGCGGGUUCCAAAAAAAAGGAAAUGGUCAUUGCGCAUGCGCCGCUCUUUCUGCGGCUUAGGCCGGCUGCGCAGGCGCACAGGUACCAUUUUGACCGUAAACAUCCUGCCGAUUUGAACCGAGGAUUUGGGCGGCAGGAAGAGCCGCGGCAUAACGGCAGCCAUCUUGUUUGUUUGAGUGAAUCGGAAAGGAGGCACCGGCUGUGGCGGCGGCGGGAGCUGCCCCGAAGCUACACCUCGAAGGGUUCCCCCCCUUUCCCCGCCCCCUCCCCCAACCCUUUUCCCCUCCCCGGGCCACCCAGCCCGCCCAACUCCCAGCGGAUAGCAAGGUAA